CCAAGCCACCAUCACCAACUACCAACCAACCAAUCGACCAACCAACCACCAUCAUCACACACACACAGAGAGCCGGCGGUGCAACGCGCUGGCCCGUCUCUCCCACUCGGCGGCGGCGGCCCCCCACAUACCCGGGGGUACAAUCCUUAAACGACGAGGAAACGCACACCAAGGUGGCACGAUAGUAUGACGGUGAUGCUGCUGCAACGUUCACUCACCCCGCAGUCGACGCACAGCCAAAAGACAGCGACGAAGGACUGCAGCGCGAAGCCGCCCUUUCUCUUUCUGCUGGACGACUGUCAGGAGCAUCGGCACUCCACCGACACCGACACCACGACCACUACAAACAAUAACAACAACAAUAACAAUAAUAAUAACAAUAAUAAUAUCAAUAACAAUAACGUCUUCAAGAGGGGCGCGCGGAGGAGCAGCAGCUGCGAUCACGUCGCCGACGAGGCGCCGUCGUCGGUGACGUCCCAACGACUCGCCGGCGGUGGUCAGGACGUCGCGAUGCGAUAUUACCGCCUCUGGAUCUACGCCUGUAACCUGGUGCUGCUCGGUAGCGCGGUUGGCUUCGCCGCCGCGGUGUCGCAAACCCUCCUGUUCACCGGCGACCCGCGCCGGCACUUGGUGCCGGGUGUGCCGCGCGCCUUCGACUUCACCACGCUCUACGCGUACGUCGCAUUGGCCGCGCAGCUCGGUCUGGUGCAGCUGCUCGGCUGCAUUGCCGCCAGGCGCCUAAGCGUCCGUCUGCUCAACGCCUAUUGGAUACUGCUGCUGGCGUUACUCUUCGGCGACGCCAUCAUCGGCGUCGCCUGGAUCUUCCGAUUCGACAGGAUGCGCGCCGAGCUCAGGCCCACGCUCAAACUACGUCUCCAGGUGGACUACGGCAAGGAGCCGCGGUUCAGCGAGCAAUGGGACCGGCUGCAGCGGGAGUUCAGCUGCUGCGGCGUGGUCUCGUCCUCGGACUUCGAGGGCCGAGUGCCGCAGACCUGCUGCGAGUCCAGCAUAAACGCCAGCGAGCCCUGCUCGGACCCGUACAAGCACGGCUGCGAGGAGUCGCUGAUGCGCUGGCUCAGGAAGACCGCGGACCUUCUGUUCGUCCUCGGCUUCUGCGUGAUCGCCUUCGCCAAGCUCUGCUUCCUCGGUAUACUGCGCUACGAGAUACGGGAGAUGAUACAGAAAAUACGGAUGCUGCGGGAACCGCCGCCGCCGGCCGCGACCUUCGCCCAGCCGCCGUUCUCGCAGGUCCUGCCGGAGCCGACGGCCAACAACGGCAGCAUCGUCAGGCGCACCACCUUGCCCAAUGCGGUCACGCCUUCCGGCAACGCGUCGCUGUUGCUGCAGUCGGACGAGUGCAACACCGGCCGGCACCCGUUGCUGGCGAACAAUCUGCAGGACGGCGGGGCCGACAGCGACACCAACAGCCACUGCGCCCUCAUACUCGAGGAGACGACGCCGACCUCGGCGAACCACAACUGCACGGCGGGGGCGGGCCGCGAGAAGAGCAACGGUAACAACAACUACGAGAUGCGUGAGUUCAACCGCAGGUUGCUGCUGUCGAACGGCGCGAGCCCGGCCGCGGGCGUCACCGCGGGCGGCCAGAGCAGACGCACCUGACUAUGGAGAUGGUGGCGAAGCACCUCGAACCGUUUCCUCUACAGGAGCAACCGGCGCGCCGACAUACCGCUGUACAAAUAAGCAGCGGCGAGACGUUACAUCCUCCCAUCGGGCGUUUCGGUUUCUUUUCUAAAAGAAAGAGAGAGAGAGAGAGAGAGUAACGAUGCGAGACGAGACACGCACGCGAUGGCACAUGUGCCGCACACAAUGAGGCCGACGGACGGACGGACGGACGGACGGACGAAGACACACGGCGGGCUGAACUGGCUGGCGCGAGUCCAACGUGCAACACGGACACGCGAGGGCGCGAUCGGGGGAAGUGUGCGACGGGGAUUCCAAAGGCACAUAGCAUAGCCCGCCUCUAUAUAGGGUGGUGAGACGGUAACCACCGCCUUGAACAUCUGCGAAAGAUCGAAAUAUUUUAUUAACGACCGGGGGGAUAAAGGUGGAAACGGUUUGUACUUGCAGAAGGGAGCUUCCAAGUGGCGCGUGAUCAAUUACGGGUUUACGUGGAAACUAGCGUGGAGCAUCGGGGUGUCCGUUUCAGUCAGCCCUUUUCAUUUCUUUAUUUGUCGGUUUUGUUUUUAGAAGCUUCGUAGACGUUUCGUUCACUCUCGCGACUCUCAAGGAGUUUCUGAAGUCUGGCCGGGUUGAUGCGCAAGUUCCGUUCUUCUCUUGGAAAUCUCCACUGAACUCUGUACCAUGUUGGAAUGCUGGGUGACAUAGGAGGAAACGAACGAAAUGAGAUGGAAGAGAAAUAUUAUUUGUAAUGUGUAAUCUUUUCUAACGUCGUGCUAUUCCAGUUGAGUUAAAAGUAACUUAAGCAAAAACAAGUAGAAACUAAGUAAAAAUUGAGUUAAAAUUGAAUUAUGCAAAACUAUGUGUACAUGUAUAUUUUGGAAGAAGGAUAGUUAAGUUAGGAUUAUACAUAGAGUUUCGCAUAAUUAACCUUUUAACUCGAGUUAAUCCAACGCACUGCCUAGAAUGAUUGAUUGCGUUUUAAAAUAAGCAAACAUCCCGUGCACAUUUUGAUUGAGAAAAACGGACAGAAUUUUUGCAUCAACCCGGUACCAGCACUAGCGUCGAGCCCCGAAAAGUCGUCAUCUGCCACUGGCCGUUGGUAUCAAAUUUUUGUUAAAAAAAAAUUUCGCUCCCCUUCACUCUCGUGUUUCGAAGAUGCUCAAGGUAGCAAUAAUUACCGCCUCGCCCUGUGUACAAUUUACCCCCUUCACGCGAUUCCCCCGAUUUCCCGGCGGUGCGCCCCUCGACGAUGACGACGACAAUACUGCGAGGAAGAGCAUGCGACAUGAAAGGACGGCGAAAGGAACAUUGAGACCAAACGUUCGCUACGAAUCGAUAUCACGGUGGUAUUAUGUACUUCGAAUGAAAGACCAAAUCAAAACAUAUACGAUAGAUAGGGAGUAUCUCCGUUUUUGUGAAGGCGCGAGGAGGAGCGGGGGAGGGAGGGCAGUGAGGAAGGGGUUGAGGUGACGAAGCCUCCGCGGCACGCGAACGCGCGCCGACGUUGCCAUCGCGUGUCGUGCGAGAGAGUCGUUUACCCGCUCGUUUCUUUUCCUUUCGUACUUCGGAUCUUUAUCAUCGAUCCAACACAUCGCGGCCAAUGUUGAGCCAACGUGGACGCGUUCGCCGUAUCGUCGUCGUCCGGAGACGAUGGCCCCCCCGCCGAUACCUUUGAACCUUCGAGCGUGACGAGCGACUCGCGGAGCGCAACGAAACACGGCCGAGAAAGCAACGUUCUAUUUGCGGCACGUAAUACUAAUAGCGCGAGUCAUACUAAUUCCGUCAUCGUCGACGUCAGUCGAGCGGGAUGUGUAGGUGUGCAUGCGCUAAUUUUAAAUGACUAUAGGAGAUACUUUCUUCCCUCUCCCCCCCCCCCUUCCCUCUCCCUCUCUCUUUCUCUCUCGCUCGUCUUUUUAUAGUUCCACGCGUUAUCCUCCACGGCGAAGUUAAAGUCGCAAGUUACCCUCGCGAGACCCUCGGGAAACUCGCCCCCUCCGGUCCUCACACGGCCGGUGAAACUACUUUUGUAGAUUUAUUUCUAGCCGUAAGAGCCUUCCUCACACGACACGUACGCAUACGUACAUGUGGACACGCAUAGGACGGGCUCCUCUCCCGGACGGAGAUCGCGCCAUCGAUGGCACAUCGUCGUGCGCAUCAUUCUCUUCCUCUCAAGGCAACGCGAAAUCUCUCUUUCUCACACGCCGGUAGUAUGUCACACACACACACAGUCGAGAGUAACUAUCGUCGCCGGGGUAACGCGCUAACGAGAGGCUCCCCUCCGGCUUCUCCUGGACCAGCGGCCGAUUCCCCGUCGAAUCUUCGCGAGGAGGCCGUUUUAUCCUGAUUUGCUUCUAAAACACGAAGACGUCACGUCAAUGAGUUCAUUCGAUCGAUCGACUACGUAUGACUAUGUCUGAAAUUAUGCUACUCCCAUGCAGCGAAAGAGAAAGAAAAAGAGAGAAAGAGAGAGAGAGAGAGAGACGCCCUUCCGACGCGAUUUCAAACUUAUUACUGCAACUUUCGUUGACCGACGUAAACUUUCGAGACUAUAUCUCCGCCAGCGACUCUACGCGCUCGGGGUCCUCUCAAUAAUGCAGGCGAGUGGCUAUUCCUGGCCGACUGUACGAACGGUUCGCGGAAGCAUUGACCAUCUCCGCCGACCAACCACCACCACCAUCACCACCACAACCUCGAAGAAGAAGAAGAAGAACCACCGCCGCCUUCAUAUUUCCUCUCACCCCGCGACAAUUGUGCGACACAGUCCCGUCGAGAAAACACCACCCUGUGAACGAGCUCAUGUGUCUCGAGACACGAGGAUAAUCGUCACGAUAGUUACGGGAGAUCAUUUGUGAGAUACUACUGCCAAAUCGACCUUCCCCUCUGUCCCCCGCCUCACCCUCUCCAUCGCCCCCGCGGAAGGGAUGAUAUUUUUAAAGUUUCGGAAAAAAAACGGGUUUCCUCCCGAAAUUCCGCGGAUUUCCUCGGAUUCUGCUCCAAGGGUACAGAUGUUGUGAUAUUUACUAUUACUAUUAAUGUAAUAGUGGUAUCGAUAUUUUUCUUUCGAUACCGGGUAAUUUUUUAUCGAUAUUUUCCCUCGAUAUUCGCCGCUACUACUUUGUUCCGAUUUCUCUUCUAAUUUUUUACUCAGUCGAUUUUGAGGAUGUCAUAUAUUUUUGUUUCAUAAAAAUUACAGUAAAAUGCAAUAUAAAAAUUCGUUUAGAAAAAUUCAUGUGUGUCCGAUCGGAACCUGCCACAUUACAUACUUUUUCCCGCGAAAACGAUGAGAAACCAAAAAAAAUCCACGAAAAAAAUUGGGGGAAAACCAAGUUUUUUUCCGAAGCUUGAAAACUAUAGAAGAGAUGUACAGCUGUUUCGGCGAAUUGUCUUCGCAAAGGCGAGGAGGGUUCGUCUGCUUUUCCCGUUAGACUGACGCGACACGAAGAGUGAGCGAAGGAAGGAGAGUGCGAAAACGAGAGAGAGAGAGAACGAGAGAUACUCCGAUGUAGGUAACAAUCGAACGAUUCGUAAUGAUUUUUUACGUACAUACGUAUGACUACAUCUAAAAGAUACGCAAGCUGGUUGAUUUGUUCCUGGUAAAUGCGGGGCUCCGUUGAUCGGCGGCGGAGACAGCGCGAAACGGGCGUCCGUUCGAUUCUCUUCUUCUUUCUCCCUUUCUCAGGAUUGCAUCUCGUUUCGUUCUCUCGCCCUGAGAACGGCGACCCCGAGGAGAGCACUGUCUCCCUUCGCUGCCGACCAAUGGCGAACCGCCGUUUUACGAGCGACAAACGACACAUAACGUAACUCGAGAGUAUAAUUGGCUUCCUAGGUAGGAUUAACAGAAAGACCUUAGGAGUUAUGUUUAAAUGGGGACGCGCAAUGAUAACGGAUACAAAUAUUAUAGUAGGCUUGUACAUACCGGCGUACGAUAGAUAUAAUAACUAAAAGCGUCGAUCGUCUGCUUAAGGAGAAACUGAGACAUACCGAGGGCCGAGCUUGACGGCCGUUGCUUGCAACUUGCGCCACGUGAUACAUUCAGAUCUUAAUUUAGACUCCUUCAUUUAGACAGAUUAGAGUUCUUUGUCUGAAUAGCAUGUAAUAUACGCGACAUUAUAUCUGAAAGCGCGAUUGAGCCGGCGAACUCGGAUUUGUCUCUGAAUUCGAGUCUGAGUAUCUCAUCUGAGUUAUCUGCAGGGAAAGACAAUUCCGUUGGUGCAACUGAACUUCCCGUGGGGACCAGAUGAAAACUUGCUUCUCGGAGGAACAGGAAGAUCACUGACAGGAAGUUUCUGCUCAAUCAAUUGUUCUCUUCAGUUGUUCCAACCGAGUUCCGAAGUGUAGUAAGCCUUUAACCUUUUGCUCCGAGCAGUAAAUUCUCAGCAAAUAUGAUGACGUAAUAACGACGUUUGUAACGUCGUUAGUAUGUCUGUGGAACGUCACUUGAUCGUUCGUAAUACAUCAUCGUGUUUGCUAAGUUAUAACGUAAUUUCCAGCGUUUCCAGCACUACCAGACGUAGCAAAUUCCUAAGAUUCAAUCGUUAUUGUGACUCUUGGCAGCGUGGGAAACGCCUUAUGUCAGAAACUACGCUACAUUUUAUCGUUCAGAACAAAAAGCUAAAUACUUAUUACACACGAGAAAAGGAUUUCUUUGGAUUUAAUAAAAUUCCUUUCAAACAACUUUUUCUUUUGGAAUAAAGCAAGCACACGAAUGUUUGAUUCGACAAACAGGAUUGUUUGGUUUCUCAAACAUAUAAAUAAAUAUAGAUAAAUAUCUUUACAUUAAAUAAAAGAUUUCAAUCAAACAUUAUACAAUAGUUGUCACAAUAAAUUAUUUGAAAGUAGUGAUACUUUAUGCUAGCAAAAUAUUACAGAACUUUUUUGUUUCAGAAGAAUAAUAUUUAAUAUAUUAUGAAAUAAAUUUUUUUUUAUUGAGAGCGAAAUAUUAUUUCCCUCUAAGUAAUACCGUUCUUUCUACUAAACAACAUUAUUUAUUUUAACAAACAAAAUUUUUAUUCAAACGAAAUAUUUGACAUUAAAUUGUUGUAUUGUUUAUAUUAAACAAAUACGUAUAUUAAAUCCAGAGAAACAUUUUUCUCAUCUUACAACAUUGUAGAUCCGGACUAAUGCAGCUGAAUGUUCACAGGAGUGUUCUUCAGUCGCGAUAACGAAGACAAUAUCACUUCUCAUCAGUGAGUUUUCAUUUCUUGUCACCGAGUUUCCAUCUGAUCUCUAUUCAGUUGGAGGAGCUGAAUUUUUUUCCCGUGUGAGGCAAGUUCCAAGUGACGACUGUUGAUACGGGUCUGAGAUUAUCCGCCAUUGAAUCAGAGAUACCCCUCCCCCUUCCACACAUACACACAACAAGCACAUUUAUCACACGUUGAUUGACUCUUUUGUUCCGUCGCAAUUUGGAGUUUCGACGCGUGCCUCGUGACCCGGUGCUUCUCGCGAACGUGCGAAGGCGCGCCGAUAACGAUCAUUAUUCGCGAUGUAUUCCCGGGAGAAUUGUCGCUCGUCACAAUGACAAAAGGGGUAUCUUGCUGCUCGAUGAAUGAAUCAGAUCAGCGAGAGGGCCGACCACGUUCCUGGGAAAAGCGAUGUUCCCGCUGCACAGAAAGGAAAUUAGUAUCAAUUCAAAACUAAGAAUUGUAUCAAUUUGAAGCUGUCAUCGCGCUCUUUCCAUCCAAUAUUUUUCCUCUCAACUUAUAAAAAUUAUUCUCGAACGACAAUCAGGGUGUCUACCUUAAAUUAUACACGUAAAUAUAGAACAAAAAAGAACCUCUUACAAACAUAUAAAAGAAGUGAUAAUAUUUAAAUUCCCCGAUUUAAAUUAAACUCCCUGAGAAUCCCAGAUUUUCUAGGUUUCUCCACGCAGUGGACACCCUGAAAAAGAAUAUGAUAUUUUCAGUGGAACUGCGUAGAAUUUCUUCGUGUAAGCAAGUUUUAUCUUCACGCGCGCGAUUUUAUAUUCUUGCUUAUACAUGAGAAUAUGAUAAUAUCUUGAACUGACAUUAAUUUUCUCUCCGUGCGCGAGAGAUUUCUGUUGCUGCGCGCCGAAAUGCCCUUGGGGGCGUUAGAAAUACAUCGCGGAAACAAUUAUCGGCACGUCCUCGUGAUCACAUUAGUCUGGACAACAGGGUAAUUAUUGAUUCAUUAUACGAAAGCUUGCCUCGAUGCUCUUGGGACGCUUCGAUUGGUUAACGUCGCCUCGCGAGUUUGCGAGGCGACCGCUCUUCAGUUUUCUCGAGAGAGAGAGAAAGAUAGAUAAAUAGGGGAUCCUUCGCUUCUUUCUUCCUUUCUGUCACAUUAUCCUUUUCGUCUCUUCGCCGACAACGCGCAAAAGUCCGACCGUUCUUUCUUAAUCAGACCGUCGAAUCAUUGUUGAAUGUAAUAAGCUAGUAAUAAUAAUGUCGAAGCUUACACCUCGCAGACACACAGCCUCUGCCAUUAAGUGUAUAUAAAGAUGUUACAUACAGGAGAUAUACUAAUCGUUUUUUAAUUAAUUAGUCCAGAGGGGGGCCACGUUCGAAAAGAGGGGGGAGGGGAGAGAGAGAAAGAGAGUGAGAGAAAAACCCAAUGCGAAAUUAACAUCAACACAUCUAUGGUCGAACGAGGGUAAAUUAAACUCUGCUUCAGUUGUCGUAUCGAUGUACCGUCUCUACUAUAGAAGAUAAAAAAAGAGAUAAAAAAGAGAUAAGGACGGCGCGAGAAAGGUUUUAGA